AUGGAAUUUCAAAAAUAAGUAUCUCUUAUCAUACAAUCAGAAAAUCAGUUUUUUUAUUAAUCAGAAGCUUUGGACUUCUAUUCCAUUUAAAUAUUUUCCAAAUUUUGA